UUCGACGCGACAACCGCCCCAGGCACGACUUUUGGACGACUACGAUCUCAUCCCAUCCCCAAUAACCCGCUGCAUAUUCGCGGUUGCUCUACUGAUCGCUGCGGCCACAUUCACCUGUUCUUGACUUGGAAUUCUGUUCGUCCAGACAAUCGCCUCACCUUCGCCGCAAGGAGUGGCUCCUCACCAGUCCGUCGCGUAUAUCACCCGUCACUGCGAAGGCCAUGGCCGACGAUGCGAGUGCACCUAUUACGUCUGCGCAGACUCCCUUGACCGCUGCAGGCGCUGAAGGUGCGGCUCCCACACAGCCCGCCGGUUCCGUAGAUCAAGAUGUCUCCAUGGCCGAAGACCCUCCCAUCAAAGAGUCUUCCAGAGAGCAGUCCGCAGUCGCUCCCGCACCCGUGUCAGACAACCCACUCGAUGCGCCUGAAGGGCCGCGGCCCGAAGCCGAAGAUGCGGAUGCUCAAGAUGACGAGGAGAUGACCGGCGUGGACGAGUCCAAGAAAGGGAAAGAUGGCGAUGCCGCCGAGAACGCAGACCCCGAGGCGCAGGCGAAAGCCGCCCUGGAAUCAUCAGCUCGAGCGCAUUUCGUUGCGCAAACGUACGCAACAGUCAUCCCAAGCUAUGCCUCUUGGUUCGAUAUGCGGUAUAUUGACUACCGCGAACGAAAGGCACUUCCAGAGUUCUUCAACGGGAGGAACCGGAGCAAGACACCCGCCGUGUAUCGGGACUACCGCGACUUCAUGAUCAACACGUACCGGCUAAACCCAGAGGAAUAUCUCACUGUCACGGCAUGCCGUCGUAAUCUGGCUGGUGAUGUGUGUGCGAUCAUGAGGGUACACGCAUUUCUAGAGCAGUGGGGUUUGAUCAAUUAUCAGGUUGAUCCCCAAGAGAGGCCAUCAAACAUUGGCCCCCCAAACACAAGCCACUUCAGGGUUACUGUGGACACCCCAAGGGGAAUCCAGGCAUUUCAACCAGCUCCCGAGGUGGUCAAGUCUCAAGGGAAGCCACAUCCUGGCACCGAGCGAGCUGCAAGCCAGCAGCCCAAGACCGAGACGAAGACGUUACUUCAUCGACACAUCUACGAACCCAACGGCAAGGAGGCCGUCUCUGAGCCCAAGGACAAGGCGGCUAACGGCGAAGGUGCUUCCAAUGGCGCAACGGGUGCUGCCGUGAAGGACCUCGAGGCGGCUCAGAAGGAACCGGCCAAGGCGGUUCACUGCAACACCUGUGGCGUUGACUGUACCAGCGUCUACUACCGGUAUGAGAAGACGAUUGACCAAUCUGCUCAACCGAAGGGCAAUGCAUCUAGCUUGCGCGACAUCUGCCCGAGGUGCUUCUUCGAAAAGCAUUUUCCUUCGAACUGGAGCACCAAAGACUUUGUCAAGAUCUCUGCGAGCGAUGACCCCGGUGCGGGUAUGCCCGAGGAUAAGUGGUCGGACGAGGAAGUGCUUCUCCUGCUAGAAGGAUUGGAGAGAUUCGAUGACGACUGGAACAGCGUGGCCGACCAUGUCCAGACCAAGACCCGUGAGCAAUGUGUCAUGAAAUUCCUUCAAUUGGAGAUCGAGGACAAAUACGAGGAACCGGAGAUCCCUCAACAAGAACCUAUGUCCCAAUCGCAACGGUUUGUCCGGGACCUCGGUCUUCUGAGCCAAGGGCGUAUACCGAUUCACCAUGCGGAUAACCCUGUCCUCAGCGUCGUGAGCUUCCUGGCUGGGUUGGCUCCUGCAAACGUGACCGAAGCUGCUGUCGCGUCAGGAAGGAGCGUGACAGAAAUGAGGCGCAUGUUAAAAGACAAGCUCGAGAAAGUACCGGCAGCAGGCUCCGAGAAAGGCAAGGAGAAGGAACAGGCACCUGCCUCAGCAGCAGCAUCAGAUGUCAAGAAUGAAGACGCCAUGGAGGUAGACACCAUCCAACAGACUGCGUCUACGGGAGACAGCGCCGCCGCGCAGAGCUCGACCGGGGCGAACCCUCUCGUAACGCUGCCUUUCGCGCUGUCCGCUGCGCGUGCUUCAGCUCUGGCUUCUCAUGAAGAGCGUCACAUCUCCCGCCUCGUGUCUGGGGCCGUAAACCUCCAGCUUCAAAAGCUCCAGCUGAAGUUGGCACACUUUGAUGAUUUCGAGAAGCUGCUCGCCGCAGAGCGCCGUGAACUUCAGCGACGUCGCCAGCAGCUCUUCCUGGAUAGACUGACGUUCCAAAGGCGUGUCCGAGGCUUUGAAGAGGCCACCAAGAAGAUCGGUGCUAGCCUUGGAGGCGCCGGCCUGCCUGGAUCUAUGAGUCCGGAAGAUGCCAUCAAUGCGCUGACGGAGGCCAUAAGGACGUUUGGAGUGGGCAAGAGUGAGGACAAUAUCGGGGUGAAGCGUGCCAGCGUGGAUGGGACUGCACAACCAAUCGGAGAAGGAAAUGAGGGCUUCAAUCGCGUAGAGAUCUAGGAGGCCCCGAACCUCAUUAUGAUGCCCGUCUUGCAUCCCGGGUUCGGUUUGCGUGGCAACCAAGGGGGGAAUACCUACAAUGGUGGGCGGCGUCUCUUCGUAUUGGUUUUGGGGAAUCCAGGUAGUUUAUUUGGGCACGCCAAAGGAAGGUUUGGUGUAUAUUAGUUUCUAAAGAAUCCAGAAUUCUGACUUUUCUG